AUGCCUAGCUAUGCAAAGUUCCUAAAGGACAUACUAUCAAAUAAACGCAAGCUAGGGGAUCAUGAAACAGUAAUGCUAACAGAGGAAUGCAGCGCCAAAAUUCAAAAAAAGCUCCCACCGAAAUUGAAAGAUCCAGGGAUUUUCAGGAAACUUGGCUUAGGAGAGGCUAAGGCGACUACUGUAAUGCUGCAGCUGGCUAACAGAUCGUUAACACAUCCCAGGGAAAUAAUUGAAUAUGUGCUUGUCCAGGUGGAAAAACUCAUAUUCCCUACGGAUUUUCUAAUCUUGGACAUGGAAGAAGACAAGGAUAUUCCAUUGAUACUGGGUAGACCAUUUUUGGCAACAGAAAGAGCCUUGAUCGACGUUCAGCACGGGCAACUGAUAUUGAGAUUGGGAGAAGAGCAGAUCUCGUUUAAUGUUUUCAAGGCAUUGAAACUACCUACAGAGACAGACAGCUGUUUCCAAAUCGAUGUGAUUGAUAUGGUGAUCCAAGACUCCUUUUUGCUACACAACCCAUCAGAUGCAUAUGUAGUUUGCAUUGCACAUUCGCAGUCAACACAGUCUGAUUCAAUGGAGAUGGAGACUUAUGUAAGGUUUCUAGAGACCAACCUACCUUAUACGCGCAAAAGGCAUUUUGAGGAGCUUGGAACAUGA